GAAGACUUGAUACUUCAUGGACGUAACUACAGCACUGGGGUCUCCGGCCAACUGACUACCGCCGUGUGUUGGAGGGGGGUCGGUUGAACCGGUCUACUUUUUAAAUCCUGGCGACUGCCCUCGCAGUGUAGAGCCAUGUCUCCAUCAGUACCCCUGCAGGAGAUGAUUCGGGCCAUCAGGUCAGCCAGGACACAGUGUGAGGAGCGGGGUGUCAUCCAGAGGGAGUGUGCGGCCAUCCGGGCACAGUUCAGACAAGCUGACAACGGGGGGCGAUCCCACAACCUGGCCAAGCUACUCUACGUGCACAUGUUGGGCUACCCAGCUCACUUUGGUCAGAUGGAGUGUGUUCGGAUGAUAGCCAGCCCUCGCUACAGCGAGAAGCGGGGAUAUCUGGGAGCCAUGAUGCUGCUGGAUGAAAAGCAGGACGCCAGCCUGCUCAUCACCAACUCCAUCAAGAAUGACCUCUCUCACAGUAACCAGUAUGUACAGUCUCUGGCUCUGUGCACACUGGCCUGUAUGGGCUCGGCUGAGAUGUGCAGAGAUCUGGCACCAGAGAUUGACAGGCUGCUCCGAGCCUCCAACUCCUAUAUUAAGAAGAAGGCUGCUCUGUGUGCUGUUCACAUUGUGAGAAAAGUCCAGGAUCUCGGGGAGCUUUUUGCCCCAGCUGCUCGGUCCCUCCUUGCUGAGAAGAACCAUGGUGUCUUACAUGGUGCUGUGGUACUCAUCACUGAGCUGUGUGAGCGCAAUCCCGAGACACUUGAGCGGUUCAGGAAGACAGUGUCAGAUCUGGUUCAGAUCAUGAAAGGUCUGGUCAUUUCUGGUUAUUCUCCAGAGCACGAUGUGGCAGGAAUCAGUGAUCCCUUCCUACAGGUACGCAUCUUAAGGUUGCUGAGAAUCCUUGGUCGCAACAAUGAAGUAGCCAGUGACGCCAUGAACGACCUACUUGCUCAGGUGGCGACUAACACUGACAGCACUAAGACUGUCGGCAACGCUGUGCUGUAUGAGACUGUUCUCACUGUGUUAGACAUCAAGUCAGAGAGCGGCCUCAGGGUCCUGGCUGUGAACAUCCUGGGAAGAUUUCUCCUGAACAACGACAGGAACAUUCGGUAUAUCGCCAUGACCUCUCUUCAGAAGAUUGUUGGGACAGAUCAUAAUGCAGUGCAGCGCCACAGGGGAACCAUAGUGGACUGCCUGAAGGACCAGGAUGCUUCUGUCAAGCGCCGUGCAUUGGAGCUCUCCUUAGCGCUCGUGUCAGCCUCCAACAUCCGCUCCAUGAUGAAAGAGCUGCUCCUCUUCCUCUCCUCCUGCCCCCCAGAGCUCAGAGCUCAAGCUGCCAGCGGCAUAUUCAAUGCGGCUGAAAGGUAUGCACCCUCCCAGCGCUGGCACAUUGACACCAUCCUGCAUGUCCUCACCACGGCAGGGGGCGACGUGAGAGAUGAAACUGUGCCCAACCUGAUCCAGCUCAUCACCAACACCUCCGAGCUGCACUGUUACACCGUCCACAAGCUCUACCGGGCUCUGAUCACUGACAUCUCUCAGCAAUCCCUGGUGCAGGUGGCCUGCUGGUGUAUAGGAGAGUAUGGAGACCUGCUGCUGAGAGGAGAGUGCCAGGAGACUGAGCCCACACAGGUCACUGAGGACGACGUCCUGGACGCCUUGGAAACGGUCCUACAGUCCCACAUGUCAUCCCCAGCGACGAGGGGCUUUGCUCUCACCGCCACCAUGAAACUGAGCACACGCAUCACUGAUAAUGUGGAUCGGAUUAGAAGCAUCGUCAGCAUCUAUGGCAGCUGUAUAGAUGUGGAGCUACAGCAGAGGGCAGUUGAAUACAAUGCUCUGUUCAAAAAAUAUGACCACAUGAGGGCAGCAGUGCUGGAGAGGAUGCCUGUCAUUGAAAAGAACUCCCCGGGUCAUACCAACGGAGAGUCAGCGGGGGACGCCAUGAGGGAGACCCAGCCAGCCAAAGUCAAGCAGGGAGAGCCACUGCUGCCACCACAACCUGCCAACCAGGUGUGUGAUCUCUUGGACCUGCUGGGUGGUUCUGAGGAGCCUCUGCGGCCCAGCCCAGCACAGGGCAGCACAGCACCGGGCCAGCCCGUCAACACAGCCGGCACUGCAGGACGAGACCUCCUGGAUCUCCUGGGGGGGUUAGAGCCGACGCCUCUUGCACCAGCUCCCACAGUGACGGUGUAUGAGAAAGACGGUGUGACUUUGACGCUAAGUUGUGAGAAACAGUCAGACUCGGGCCUGAUAGUCACACUCAAAGCCUCUAGCUCCUCUGGCUCCGACAUCAGCGGCUUCACCCUGCAAGCUGCUGUACCCAAGAGUGUCCAGUUACACAUGAAGGCCCCCAGUGGGGAUUUUCUCCCUGCCGGAGGCGCAGCUAAGGUGACCCAGAUGGUGGUCCUCAACAACCCAAACAAGGUGAACCUGAAGAUGAGGAUCCGCAUAUCUUACACCAGCCAAGGAUCAGCCUUUCUGGAUACAGUCCAGAUUGACUCCUUCCCAGGACUCAGUGAUGGCGUACACUGACAGCAGUUCGUCAGUCCAAAUGGACUAUGACAACAGUCUGUGGAUGAGUCAGCAGGCAUCACCCUCACUGGCAGUCUGCUGUAAAAUCCUCUACACUAUAGUCCGAGCUGCUGUUUCUCCCCUACCCAAUUUUGUUGAUGUUUUUUAUGGCUGAAAAACUCUGUUCUUUCACAGGAAAUCGCAGCCUUGUGUAUGGAGUCACAUGGUAUUCCCCUCUCCCACAAGCUUUGGAAUAUGCAGGUAUAAUAUGGAAAUACCAAAACAGUAGUAUUUUUUCUAGGAAGUUUGGUCUGACAACUCAACUGUCCAUACAAAUGCCCAUUAAGUACCAUCCAGUUUUUUGAGAAGCUACUCCAGUUGAUUGUAUUCAGAAUGCCUCACUCCAUAAUUACAUACGUUGAUGUGGCUUGUCAGUCAGUAUGAGCCACUAAAUCAACUUUCCCCACACAGCACUCCAUGUAUACUCCAACAUUGUGAUCUGUCAUUUUUCCUUUAUUUGCCUUUUCCUUCUUCUCUUAUUUGAAAAGCAGCUAAACGCUGACCAAUGAGCAACUAGUACUACUAUGAAGUUCCUUUAUCCACUACACUUGAUUUUAUAAGGAAACAAAAGGGGCAGAAGAUUUUCAACACAUCUUGCAUUCACUCUUCUUCUUACUCCUAUUUUUCCCUGCCUCAGUCAGCUGAACAGCUCAGAGUAUCCGAGUAUCCAUUUCCUCAUAAUUUCCCGUGCCUUUCAUCCCCUCAAGAACCGAGGUUUUCUUUUUAAAAAAUGUAAUUAUAUUUAGUUUUGAACGCUAAGAAAUGGUUUUAAAUGCAAGUAGCCUAGUCAGAUAAAAAUGUUUUUGUCAUUCCCAUACAUCCAACACUUGAUUUUCCUGAUCAUUAUCUCCUUGUCAAUUGUUUACAGUCUCCUUACUGAGUGGUUUUAUUUUCUGAAGACUGUGUAUAGUAAUACAAGAAGAAAAAUGGGCAUGAUGCUGUUUACAAGAUGUAUAUUUUAGAUUUGAAGUGUAUAAGCACAAUUAGAAAUGUAUUUUGGAGAUCCCUAAUACAACCUUUUGUUGUAGUAGGGCAAAAAAGUGAGCUGUAAAAUACAUUCGAUGAAAAAAAGUAUAUUACCAUAGUUAUUUGAUAACUCAUCUCAUAAUCACAAACCUCUUUUAAAGAUCCUCUGGAGACUGGAUGUAAGAAGUGGUGCUCUAAAUUGAUUUCAGUGCAAUCUCUACCAGACUGUUUCAGAUCACUACCUUAACUAAAAUGUACAGAAAAGCUCGGGGGGAGGGUAGUAUUCUGUCAGCUGUUUAUAUUGUCUUUGCAUCUUCAGUCUCAUGUCAUUUUUCUAAUUAAAAAAAAAAAAAAACUUUUCAGAAUCCUCAACGGUGACUU